UGCAUCGGGCGUGCGUGCUCAAGUUGGCCGCCCCCCUACCUCUCGCUCGCAACACCACCACCGCCGUCAGCUGUGGUUCACAAGGCAGGCGUGCGCGUAAAGGCGAGACGUCUUCGAAACUCUUGGAUAUUAAGUCUCUCGAGCGCCUUUUGACAAUUCACUGCUGGAUGAGGGCCCACCCGCGCCAUGCGGAUCGUUGAUGUUGAUUGAACAUAACUGACCAUCCUGGAAGUGUGGGAUGGCAAUUUACGUUAUAUCAUAAGGCUGGUUCAUGAAGUAUUGCCUUCCACUCGACUUUUAAACUAAAUCAAUCAACAAAAUAACAUUCUUCCCAAUCAAGUUUAUAGACGCAGGAAAAUUAUUCUACAAUCACAUCUUUGAACCGUCAUAUCUCACUGGCAAUCGCGACCGAUCCAUGCAUGGACAACAACAAUGGUAUGGUUUGCUUUCACCAUCCAAUGUGCUGAAUGUUGAUCAAGAUUCAGCUGUGAGAGAAAAGAUUUUACAAAGAGGUUGUGUUUCCCCUACAACCCAAGUUACGUGUGUCACCUCCGCCUUGAAGGAGAUGUCCAUAUUAGAGCAUGAACCAGAAUUAUUUGCUUAUGCUGGAGAUGAGCUGCAAAGCAGCCUGAGCGAUAGAGUGGGCACUGGAGACCAUGUCUAUGAAUCGAUGAGCGAUUUGUACUUGCAAAAAGCGAGGCUUGCAGAUGAUCUACAGGGGUGGAAAACAGAUACCAAGAUUACGAAUGAACAGUCUGGCCUCGAUAGAAAAGGUUGGGCACGCAGACAAAACUUCCACAAUCUUGAGCAGGCAUCAACGGACAGAAGUUGUUCAUAUUUAGAUGGCAAUAUCGAGGACAUGGAACAAGGAGAGGAAAUUAAAUAUUCAUAUGGAAGAAAAACAUCAGACAAUGUUUUAGAAUUAAAAGCAACAGUGGAAGCCUUGCAAAAUUCAAUUUCAUAUUUGGAAGAAGAAAACACAAGUCUCCAUAGAGAACUCAGGGACAAGAGAGUAGCCACAGGUAUGAACGCAUCCGAGAUGUGUCCCAACAAAACUGUAGCGGGAUAUGAUAGGCCAUGGGAAUAUACAGUGACGUCGAAUUCCCAUAGCCACAUUCUUCCAGAAACGAAUUGUGACUCCAAAAUGACAAGGCAGGGUUGUGAGAUUAAUUCACAUUUGAAGAUGGGGGAACUAAAGAUCAACGACCAAACUGUUGAUGUUGAAUUGGAAAGUGAUACGUCCACAAGCGGAGCCACAAAUGAUUAUAGCGAUAGAGACAAUCUACGUUUCUUAUCGCAACUAAAGUGUGUAGCUUCAAAAAAUAGCAAAGAUAUGCUCCCUUUACAAAGUCAGAAAAUGCACAGUGAAAACAUGGCAAAUCAAGAUGGAGAGAGUAAUGGAGAUUCUGACAAAAUGGCACUGCUAAGAAAACUUUCUGAAACUGAAAAGCAAAAGAAAUCCUGCUUGAGAGACCUGCGAAGGUUGGUGCAGAAAUACGAAGAGUCGAGGGAGCAGCUCAAUGAGCAGAACGCUGCACUCGAGCGAGCACUGCAGGAAAAACACGCGUUGUUCCUGAGCCUAAAAAAACGACAGGAGGAGAACGAGUCAUUGUCAUCGACGCUGAGAGAAACGAAGCAAGAAAAACAAAAACUGCAAGAUGCUUUCCAGAGGGCUCGCGAGGAGAAUAACGGGGGAAAUCAAGCAGCGCAGGCAUCGCGGGAGGAGUGCCUGCACCUGACGGAGGCAGCGUACAGGUUGAUCCAGGAGAAGCAACUCUUGGGGGAGAUGGAGGCUCAGCUGAGGGAAGAUCUGGAAGACUGCAAGCAUCGGCUGCACCAGAGUGACGAUGCCAUCCUUGACCUGCGUGAGAAGGAACAGCAACUCAAAGCUGAAAAAAAGGAAUUACUCACAAAGAUGGUGAAAGAGAGAGAAGAGAAUGAGCAGUUGGAAGCAGCAAUGAUGGAAAAAGAACGGGCCAACCAUUUUGCACGGAUGGAGCUGGAGGAGUUACGGCAAAGGUUCAAUGCCACGGAGCAGAAACUCCAAGCCGAACUGGAAGAGGCCCGCCUAGGGCAAAGCAUGGCGGAAAAGAGUGUCCAGGGCAUGCGUGAGGAGCUCAGGGCCACAGGGAAACUCGUGCAGGCUCUCAAGGAAGACAAGCAGCUUCUGCAGAGAGAGGUGGCUGAGACCAACAGAGCCAGGGUGCAGGCAGAAGCUGAAGCUAAACGAAGCAGGGAGGCUUUGCUUCAGGAGGAGGAACUGGCUCGGGAGGCACUCCGAGAGAAGGAAAUGAUGGAGUUGGAACUUCAGCAACUCCGUGCGGACUACCUGCACCUGAGCGACAGGAUCGCUGUACGGCUGGGAGAGAUGCACAUUGAGGGGCAGCUCGAAGGAAAUGAGAAUCCUUCUGCAGAUGACGUCGGUGAUGGGGGUGGUGUAGGGAAUGGGAAAUAACUUUCCAGCAUGGCUUGUUCUAAGAGAGUAUAUUUCCAUGGCUGUAUAUAAAUUACUCCUCAAUUUAAAUAUCUUCAUUAAAAUCCGUUCAUGGUGUUUAAACUGAAAUGAAAGAUAUAACAAUCUAUACUUAAAGCAUUAAUUUUUCUGAGUAAAUACUACGAUUGAUAAUUGAUUUAUUUGUGUAAGGCCACAUCAUGAUGUUUACCACAAUCAAGAAAGUCAAAAUGAUCUUGCCUUUAUGGAUUGCUAACUCUGAAUAUCUGGAUGUUGUCCUGAUGCUGCGUUUAGAGUACUGUAUUUAGCUGUUACAGAUUUCCACGUCUAAGCCACUUCGUUAAACUAACAUUUGUGGUCAGGUCGCUUUUGAAUAACAGCUUAUAGCUCAGUGAGCCUACCUGCUAAGUUUUUUUUUAAAGUUUUAAAUAGUGAUAUAGUUUCAAACAAAACGUCAUAUCAAAUUGCUAAAAUUGUUUGUGAGUAUUGUCCUUUGAACUUACCGGUGAGCCAAAGCAAUACUCAUUUGCAAGUUAGAUGCUUGUAGACAACGUGACAAUUUGUUUGGCUGUGUCAGGUGGUGGGGGCCCCUUAACAGCAUGGAUUUGGUCAGACAAUUAAGUGGCCUAAUACUCUUAGUUCUUUCGGUAAAGUCACGUAGGUAAAAAAUGAAAUUACCUACGUGACUUUACCGAAAGAACUAAGAGUAUGAAUCCUUGCAGUCACGAAAGCUUCAAAUCUAGAAUUAAGUGGCCUAACCCAGCGGUCCCCAACCUUUUUGGCACCAGGGACCGAUUUCGUGGAAGACCAUUUUUUCACGGACCGGGUGGGGGGGGGGUCAUCAUUGGGUCUUUCCCCCUUUUCAAAGAAGCUCUCAGGCUCGGGGUUAGCUUGUGGGCUUACCAAAACUGUGAUUGAGACGAGUGCGCAGUGCGGGAAAGAGGCGAAGACGGAAGUGGUUAAUAAAAUAAUGGGCGGGCCACGCGCGGACUAAAAUAAGUGUCGGAUUCUGACUUCUCAUAAGGAGUGCGCAACCUAGAUGCCUCGCAUGCGCAGUUUACACAGUCGGGUUCGCGCUCCUAUGAGAAUCUAAUGUUACCGCUGAUCUGACAGGAUGCGGAGCUCAGACGACAAUGCGAGCGAUGGGGAGCGGCUGUCAAUACAGAUGAUGAAGCUUCAUCUGUCAAUACAGAUGAUGAAGCUUCAUCUGUCAAUACAGAUGAUGAAGCUUCAUCUGUCAAUACAGAUGAUGAAGCUUCAUCUGUCAAUACAGAUGAUGAAGCUUCAUCUGUCAAUACAGAUGAUGAAGCUUCAUCAUCUGUCAAUACAGAUGAUGAAACUUUGCUCGCUCGCCCACCGUUCACCUCCUGCUGUUCGGCCCGGUUCCUAACAGGGCAAGGACCGGUAACUGGUCCGCGGCUCGGCGGUUGGGGACCCCUGGCUCUAACCCAAGAAAUCUAUCAUAAAUCAGACGAAAUAUAGUGCCAUUUGGAAAGAUGUGCUGAUAUAAAAAAAUAAUGUGCCGGAAACACAAUCAAAUUCAUGUAACUACAGUGUAGGUAACACAUGUUGGUAUGCGACCAUUCAAGUCUGCUGGAUAAUUCUAUGUUUCUAGCUUUGCUUCAACAAAACAGAGCACUUAACCAACAUGCAAAUCAGAUGUUCAGGGUCGUAUUUCAAAAUACACCGCGGCACACUUGGUGUAACGUGCUUUUAAUACCAUCCUAAGUUGCAAAUGUUUAUCGCAUUUAGGCAUGUUUGAUUACACUUUUAAUGCAUUUAACACAUUGUUUAUUUAACUUACAUCGUGACUUACUAUAAUUUUGCCCUAUUUCAAGUUAUGUUUUAAAUAUAUAAGUAUUUAGUUUGAGUGUUAAUAUAAAUAUAUUUACAUUUUUGCAGACUAUAUGAAUUUAUUUACACGUUUUACAUUUAAAAAUACAUUAAAGCUUGUGUUUUUAAUUGUGUUAUUGUCAUAGCAUUU